GCGGCGCACUGACAGCGUAACAUUUGCGUUUCUAGGAUCUUCGGGCUGCUCGUGGCUUAAGACUCUGGGGUUGUAGAGGCCCACACUAGACUAGUCGUCUGGAAGCAACUUAGACCUCAGAGAUGGCUCUGAGUAAAUCAAUGCAUGCAAGAAAUAGAUACAAGGACAAACCUCCUGACUUUGCAUAUCUGGCUUCCAAAUAUCCAGAUUUUCAGCAGCAUGUUCAGAUAAAUCUGAAUGGAAGAGUGAGUCUUAAUUUUAAAGACCCUGAAGCAGUCAGAGCUCUGACUUGUACUCUCCUAAGAGAAGAUUUUGGACUUUCUAUUGAUAUUCCACUGGAGAGACUAAUUCCCACAGUUCCCUUGAGACUCAACUAUAUUCAUUGGGUAGAAGAUCUGAUCGGUCAUCAGGACUCUGACAAAAGUACUCUCCGAAGAGGAAUUGACAUAGGUACUGGGGCAUCCUGCAUCUAUCCUUUACUUGGAACAACCUUAAAUGGCUGGUAUUUCCUUGCAACAGAAGUAGAUGACAUGUGCUUCAACUAUGCAAAGAAGAAUGUGGAACAGAAUAACUUAUCGGAUCUUAUAAAAGUGGUAAAAGUACCACAGAAGACGCUCCUGAUGGAUGCUCUUAAAGAAGAAUCUGAGAUAAUCUAUGACUUUUGCAUGUGCAACCCUCCCUUUUUUGCCAAUCAGUUGGAAGCCAAGGGAGUAAACUCUCGAAACCCUCGAAGACCCCCACCUAGCUCAGUAAAUACAGGAGGGAUCACAGAGAUCAUGGCAGAAGGAGGCGAAUUAGAGUUUGUUAAAAGGAUCAUCCAUGACAGUUUACAGCUUCAAAAAAGAUUAAGGUGGUAUAGCUGUAUGCUGGGAAAGAAAUGCAGCCUGGCUCCUCUGAAGGAAGAACUUCGAAUACAAGGGGUUCCUAAAGUCACCUACACUGAAUUCUGCCAAGGUCGGACAAUGAGGUGGGCUUUGGCUUGGAGUUUUUAUGAUGAUGUAACAGUACCAUCACCACCAAGUAAGCGAAGAAAAUUAGAGAAGCCAAGGAAACCCAUUACGUUUGUAGUAUUGGAAUCUGUGAUGAAAGAAUUAUCCCUCAAAGCAUCGUCUUUGGGCUCUGAGACAGUGGAAGGCAUAGUAGUUGUGACAACAUGGAUUGAAAAAAUUCUCACCGAUCUGAAGGUCCAGCAUAAACGAGUUCCCUGUGGAAAGGAGGAAAUUAGCCUUUUCCUAACAGCCAUAGAAAACUCCUGGAUUCACUUAAGGAGGAAGAAAAGGGACCGAGUGAGACAACUGAGAGAAGUUCCCCGAGCUCCCAAGAACGUCAUCCAAGCCUUGGAAGAGAAAAGGUCCCCCGCUAAAGAGUCUGGCAAGAACCAAGACUUGGCUCAGGGUCCCCAGGAGAGUGCUCUGUGUGGGCCUGCUCUACAGGAAGGCGAGUCUGCUACUGUGGAGGGCCAUGGCCCAAACCAGGACUCGCUUUCCCAGGAGGAAAACCCAGAACCCAUGGAGGAUGAAAGGAGUGAGGAAAAGGGAGAGAUGGAGGUUUGGGAAAGUUGUAAAGGCUCCAGUAAUGGAGCCCAGGACCAAGAGGCUUCUGAGCAAUUCAGCAACCCAGUAUCUGAAAAAGGGAACCAUCUCCAAAGAGUGGCUGGAUGUUACCUAUUCAAGUGUUUGAUAAACGUUAAGAAGGAGGUAGAUGAUGCCUUAGUUGAAAUGCAUUGGGUUGAGGGCCAGAACAGGGAUUUGAUGAACCAGCUUUGUACUUAUAUACGUAACCAAAUUUUCAGGCUUGUUGCUAGUUAACUCCAAACUCCUUGCACAGUAAAGCAGCUUGCUUUGGAGUGUGGCCUGUGGGGUGGCAAGCUGAAUCCCACCAUUGGCCUGCUGGAAUUAUCUGAAACAAAUUAAUCCAUUUUAAACAUCCCCCUCCCUUUUUUUUUAAGUUAACAGGGCCCUGUAGUAUGGUAGUUCAGAGGAAGAAUUGUGAUUAUUUGCAUCAACAAAAAGCCAUCAGUAAACUCACAAGGGAUUUAAACCUGACUUAAGCUGAUCACCUUAGCUUUAGACUGGUUUUCUGAGGCCAAAAGGAUUAUUUUUGCAGUCUGAUCCUGGUCAGAACUUACAGAGCAUCACACUCUGUCACCCCUGGUUGCUUCCUGAGAAGGGGUUACUUUCUCAACCCCCUGGUGGAGGUGGUAUACCAGAUAGCCCUGUACCUUCUUCUAAAGUCACCUUCAAGACUGAAGACUUUGGGUACAUAUAGUUGGUGACCCCUGUGUCAGUCCUGAGAAGGGAACUGGCCUAAUGGUAGGUGGCGGGAGAGUCAGGGAGAGAAAGCUCAGUAAUGCCAGGAAGAAGGGCCAAUCAGGAAGCGCCUGGAAACGUCGGAAACAUCGGCAUAUUCCUGACUCUUGUCUGUUUUGAUGUUGGUUAUUUCAGAAACAGAAUUAGGGAAUCAAAACUGCCAGAUGUGACUGAGAUACAGCAGAAUGAAGCCAUACCCCUACCUCCAACCUGUUUAAAGUACUAUUUUGUAGCAGUUUUACUGGUGUGUGAUAUUUUUUAAUUUGUUUCGACAUUUGAAGUGGAGCUAAUAUAAGAGUAUUCACAAUUGAAAACUGUCAAUCCUGUUUGAAUCCUGGGGUUGGGGAAAAUAUUUUCUUGGCUUUGAAUGGAUAGGUGAUUGAUGAUAGAAAUAAAAAUGGAGUAAGAUAGUUAUAUGUAGUAAGUUGCUUAAGAAAGUCUCAUCUAUUGGCAGAUAAGUUGUUGCUGAUCAAAGACGGUUUUUUGGGGUUCCCUUGUAAUCCCUUCUUUGUUUACCUGUUACCAUUGGAGAAUUCUAAGGCCGAGGUAACCAUGUUCUUAAAACAUGUUUCUAAUUGUAGUGUCAGGGCUUGGCAGGAAUGUCUCUGGAAAAGGAGUCUCUCUUUUAUUCUCUUGGUGUCUCAGUCAUCCUCUGCUGUGCUUGACUUUUCAUGGCUUGAUUUUACACCAGCAGCCUAGGGUUCUAUUUAGCCUGAAAUUUCUGAGUAUGGUGCCAGAGCUCCUUGCUAUCUGCGAAGAAGACUGCGUAGUUAAGCCACACUUUUAAAAGGUGACAUUGGUUGGGGCAGAAAACUGGUGACCUUGGCAUACUUUAGCAGCAGCUAGACCAGUCCCUCAGCAAAGAUACAGGAAAUGGAAAUAGGACCAUAUUAUACCUCCCUAUGGCCGUGGAGACAGAGCUGCAGAAGAGAACAUAUUAACCAACCAGUGUUCUUAACCUGGUCCGUGAACCUCUGGAGAACCCAUAGCCACCUGGAUUAUUUCCGAAAGCUCUGGACAUAUUUGGGGUUUUCUUCUGGAGAGAAGGGUCCCUGACUUAGAGAGAGCAAUUAGUAACUCACUGAGGAUUAGGAACCACUAUGCUAGUCCAGCUUCUUCUUUGACAGGAUAAGGAAACCAACACCCAGGGUCCCACAGAGCCAAGAUUCAUUGCAGGGCCCUAGAUUCCUGUGCUCAUCUCCUGUACUCACCCACACCAUCCUGCUCUGCUUACCUCUUAGGACACAUUGGAAUCAUAUGCUGGACCCAAACCUAGUUUAUAUCUUCAUAAAAUUUUAGGAUAAGUGAGUUAGAUGACAACCAUUCACUCGAUAAGUGAUCAUUAAGUAUUUGCUUGUUUGUUUCACUAUAAAAGAGUAGUGUAUGCUCAUUAUUAAAGAUCUGGAAAGAUGAAAGGAGAAAACAGCUUCAAAAUCACCCCUAGUCUCAACCUUCUGAAGCACAGCCACUAUUGGUAUCUCAGUGUUUCCUUCUAGUCUCUAAUCUCUUUCUGUAGAUGGGGUGUGUGAGUGUGUGGGUUCAACUUUGGUUGUGUUCAUGCUGCAGUUUUAUAUUAUGCUCUUUUCUCAUCUGAUGUCUUGUAUUUUUCCAUGUUGUCACAGGAGUGCAUUAUUUAUGCUCCUCGCCUGUUCAGACUGUGCUUCAGGUGCAGUAUUAGCCUUUGUUUAAGUCUGAUACUUAGAGGUCUCCAAAGAAUCCUCUGUGGACCUGCAGGCCCAGGAGAUGUGUCUUGUGUCUAUAUGUGUUUGGUGCCCCAGGUUUAAGGCCUGGUGUCAUGGAGGACGUUUUGUAGGUGUUAAGGUAAUGCUCUUAGAAUUUAAAAAGUAUGUGACAACAGAAGCUUCCAGUGCCAGAGCUGUGAGUGCCAUUUUUGCAUUUGUGUGUCUUCGUUUCCUUCUCUGAAUAGCUAUUUCUAUUUAAUGAGAGAACAUUGAAGCUUUUGAAAAAACAUCUAAAAAUUCUUUCACUUACGCAUAUACUUACAACGCGUGUGAUAUGUGGUAGCCUACACCUCUGAUAUGGGGAAGAGGAAUUUUUUUAGAAGAAAUAGGUUAUUGACCCAGGUAUCAUAAUGUUGAGUGAUACUUGCCGAAGUGUCUAGAGGUCAAGUUCAUGUUGAUGGAUUGGUGUGGAAUACGAUCUUUGUGGUAUUAUCUUAAAUUCUAUUCUGGUCCCUUGCAUUGGCUUCUGAUCUCUUGAUAACCAAAGUGGGAACAGAAGCUGAACUUGUUUUCCAAGGAGGGGAAUAAGCUGCUUUUGUUCUUUGGAAUCUGCUUUGCUUCCAGCAGUUUGGUCCCUUCACCCCACAUCGUUGCCCAGGUAUUCACACGCCAGAGCAUCGCUGCUUGUCCUAGUAGGGUUAGUGUCUCUGUGUUAGAGUUUCAGCUGAUCUUAAGGGUGCAUGUGGAUUACUUAAAACUUUAGUAUAUAUUUUUAAAAACAUGAAACCUCUCUUCUCUUGAUAGAAAUCAAAGCUUACCAUGUGAGCACAGCAACUUCUAAGCUCUGACAAGUAAUAAAACUGCAGGGUGUGAAAAAGAUGCAAAGGCCUGUAGAAAAUUCGAGGCCUUCUGUAAGCCCCUCCUUCUUACUUAAACCGAGGCAUUUUCCUCUGUAGCCACAUGGGGGCGUAUUUGGCCCUUUUAUCAACUUCACUGUGCAGUGGAUAAAAUAGUGUCCUUGGUAUUGUCUUGAAAUAUCCAGUUGCUACUCAGAUAAACAUUUUUAUGGAAGCAAGUAUAUUUUAACAUAAAAAAAUUAGAGAGAUAAAAGUAGAAAUAAAGAAAACCCCACCACCCUGCAGUCUGGGCAUAAGCUUUCAACCUUUUAAUGUUUCUUUAUGGUACCAGUUGACUUGUCCUGCUACUCUAAAAUAUAUCCAGGUUGGGUCAGUCCCUUGGAUCAACUUUUUAUUGGUCUCUAGUUAAUGGGGGUACCAGAGGGGGAUGUUUAGUGAUUUUAAAUAGUAACUUUUCAAAAGCUUUAUGUUGCAGGAAGAGUAAUAUAGAGAGCCUUAAGAAAGAAGCUGCUUUCAAUCUUCUUUUGUCUUUUAAUUCUUGUUUUGGUUUAUCUGGCUGCUGGAGAGCAUGCAUGUGCUGUGUUAUUUACAUAAAACAUUGUCACAGUUGGUUCUGUGUUAGGUAUAUUAUACAGGUUAGCUGGGCCUUCUUUUCCACAAGAGGUGUCUCUGUGUGGAACAUGUCUGUCACUAACCCUGGGUCUGUGUGGGCUCAAGGGGAAACUCCAUCUGCCCUUAUUUUUAUGGCCGAGGAGGAACAGAUGUCCUAGGUGGCCAUGCAACAGACCUGUACAUGAGGAGGAAGAAGGUCCAGUUUGGGAAACUAAGGAACCCUCUGAGAGAAGGAAGGUCUCAAAGGUGCAGCAGUUUUACAGCCAGCCAGGAGGUGCCCUGGGAAAGGGAUGUGACCACAACUUUUUUGGAGAAGUUAAUGCUCAGGAGAAUCAGUUUGCUGAAUGGGCACUAACCCCAGGAAAACCCAGAAGAGGCUUUACUGGUGAGAAUGGAUUGGCCUCUGCCUCUUGGAGCAGGGCAUUGAUGGUCUUGAACUUCCUAAUGCUCCCAAGUACAAACCUCUUGGUGCUCGUGCCAGUACAGUAUUAGAAAGCCCUGCGUGAGGCUCACCCACGAGCAGCAGGGCCUCACACACAUACCAGAGAGUUCCUGCUCUGCUCUGUAAAGACAUUCAGAUCCUCUGCUGUGACUCACCCAAAUGACUAAAACAGCGGUUUAUGUUUUUCAAUUGCUGGUUGGAACAGCUAAUGCUGCCUUUCGGAGGCUUUGCUUUUACCCCAGGGGACUGUGUUGUGACUGAAGGCCUUGCAGCUCUGCAUGCCCUUUGAGGUGCAGCCUCUCUGCCUCUCUCAGCCCCAGCAGAGACAUGGGGGGCUCCGGCUCUCUUCAGGGAAGUGAGGGACCACAGGUGCUUAUUAGGAGCCAGGGAACGGAGAUAAGACGGAGUGGACCAGAAAGUGCAGGGGAGCGGAAAACAGAGAAGAGCACAGCCUUCACAGUUCAUCAGACCUGGGUCUGCUUUCCAGUUCUACUUACAGGGUCAGUCAUUCUCACUAAAGCUUGGAUUCCUCAUACAAACGUUGAAGAAUUCUUGCUUCCCAGAGUUGUAGCAGCAGUUAAGUGAGAAAAAUACUAAAGCACCUGGGAGAGUCCAUGAACAAAGAGUAGGCGUCUCAACUUGCUCACCUCUUUUUAGUCUCCUUUGAGUUUUCAAUCUCUGGUCAGAAAAUCUUCUACCAGGAGACUCAGGUGAAAAGGCUGAGACCUCAAGUGUAUAACUGCGGGUGUAGACUGCCACUCUCUGACUGAGAGCAAAAUCCAAGCUCCUGUGUACUGGGAGGAUGAACAGGGAACCAGUACUUAUUGUCCGUCCUCUAUGUAAAUUGUCUGACUUAGUAACCCUUCAAAGAAGUAUGGAGUCCCUGUGUGAUCAGUUAAAGAAGUGGCAGCUCAGAGAACUUAAGUGACUUGCCCUAAGGUUGUUCACAGAGCUAAGUCACAGAGGUGGGACUUGAACUCAGGUCCAGAGAUAAGAGACUGAGAUUUCAUACCAAAUCUCAAGAUUCAUAACAAGUGCUACACUGAGGGUGGAAAUAGACUUCUGGGCUUAUUUGACCCAUCUCUAGGGAAGGAGACUUCAAUUAUAUGACACAGGGAAUAGAAAAGCAUCUCUUACCCACCUUCACAAUGUAGCAUUUGAAGGUAAUUUUCCAGCCUAUGAUCAGUGAACAAGAUGUAAUAAGUGAAAUUGCUUAUAAUUAGUUCUUAACUUAUGCUACCAAAUCUUUAUAGAAUUUUGUAUUUGGCAGUAGUACAGAUAAUUAAGUAGAUAGCAAAACCACAAAAUAAAAUGUCUAAUGCAAGCACAUGUUGCAUCAGAAUCAACGUAAAAUAACCGAUAAUUAGGUAACGACUCUUUUGACAAUAUGUAAUUGUAUAAUAACAGAAGAAAGUUUUUUUUUUUUUUUAGGCAGCAUCAAAUAUUUCACUUACAGAAUGCAAAACUGACGUAUUUUCUGAUCUUGCUGGAGAAGGUAACAAUUGUUAUAAAAAUAGCAAGUCUUCUUCCCCAGGUAGAGGAAUGGACUGUGUAAAUCUGGAGAGAAGGAAAGGCUGCCUACCAUCGGGUGGGCCCAUUCAGGGAGUGUGGCUGAGCGUCUGGGAGCAGAGCCGGGAAGUCCCCAGCUGGGGGCGGGCCCUGGCAGCCAUGCAGGGAAGCCUGUGCUGCUUCUGCCCAAAAGAAGGCUGCCCAGGGAGCGCCGCUGAGCCUGGGGCAGUGGGUGAGAGCGGGCUUGCUCCCCUACGUUUGUAAUUCCAGGCGCUCUUGGGUUUUGUUCUCUUUUGCUUUUUU